AAAGUAAACGCAUAAAAGCAACAGUUGCUUUAGAGUUAUGCGCUACAGUCGUCCGUGGAACGGAACGUAGCCGCGCCAAACGUAAACAAAGAAAAUCAGAAGCGUGACGUUAAUUUGAAAAUUUACAUAAAAAACAAGUGAAGUUUUAACUGAGAGUUGUGUUAGUUUUAAUUAUUUAUACGUUACCUUAUAUAGUGAUAAUAAGAACUUUCAUAAUCUAAAAAUAACUGUGAUAUUGCCAACGGAAGUCCUACAGGAAAUGGGGACCGACGAUUCGCACACCCGGUGAUUUCUAAUGUAGUUCGCUUUGAGGAGGACCAUGGGUGCAACGUAUAAGCAGUUGUUUAAAUUAUACGAUUUAAUUCAAAGUAGUGAUAUUAGAACAAUUAAACAGUUUCUCGAAAAUGAAUCCAUAGAAAUUAACGAUAUUUUACCAUGUAAAGGUAUAGGAAUUUUACACUUAGCUGUAGGAAUAGAUCCUGUGGAAAAAUCUAAAGAGUGCACGGAAAUAAUAUUAAAACAUGGAGGAAAUCCGAAUUUGUGCAAUGAAGAUGGCAUCACUCCGGUGCAUAUUGCUGCAAUUUGGGGUAGACUGGAUAACCUGAAGCUGCUGAUUGGCUGCGGAGGUGAACCUUCACUGCGAGACUUAGACGGUCUGUCUGCAUUUGAUUAUGCGGUUAGAGAACAGCAAUGGGAGGUGUAUGACUAUCUACAUAAUGUAGAGGACCACUUGGAUGACUCUAUAAUGUCUUCCUGUGCUUAUUCAUUAGAUUUAGAUAGGGUAUUAGUGACAACAGACCACAUGGUCGCAGAAUACAAACCAACCAAUGACAACCAAAAUAAUACUACGAUAAGAAAAUCUGAUUUAGUGAGAGAAUGGUGCGAGAAAACGAGUCUGGUUAUGAACAAACUUUAUCCAACGAUAUUCAGUGAAACAUAUAGUUUAUUAGAAAACGAAUCCGAACCUUGGAAUAUUGACACAACAAAUCUGACGAUCGAUCUCAGUAAAGAACAUAAACAGACUGCAAACGAAACGAAUUACAGUUUCAAAACAUGUUUAUCGAAUGACGUAGAAAUAAGCGGAAUCCAACGUCUGGAGCGAACAAUCGAUAAAACAAGCACACAAACAAAACAAAGAUAUAGCGUUUACGAAAACUUUUCCCUUCCCGGAUCACCGAAGAUUACACACAAGAAUUAUAAUACAAAGACGAGUUUAAAGAAAUCUAAAAGAAACGAUGAACUUAGUAAUAAAAUGCAGAAUUUGACAUUGGAAUCGAAUAUUUUAACGGAUGACGCUUCUGUGUUAGAUAAGGCUAUGGCGGUUGUUCAGAAUAGGACUAACGAAUGGUUAUCCAGCUGUAGUGAUGUGUUGGAGACCAGAGCUUGUAAUACCAGGAGAUCAUCAGCCAGCAGUGGUGUCAGCAGUAAUUAUUCUGGAGGCAAUAUAGUUAUAGCUAAUGUACAUGAAGAGUACAAAUAUGAAGACAAAGAUGAAGGUGUCAUCUUGAUUGAGAAACGAUUACUUCUAUCGCCGGUUGUUUUGCCGGUCGAUGAGGUAGAAAUGACGACCCCAGAUCAAACCAUUAUGUCGGUCGCGUCCUCCCUGCCCUCCACAAUGGACUAUGACGUCAACACUCUCAGGUCCGAGCUCAUGAAGCUAGGCUUCACUCCAGGACCUAUACACGAAAGUACUAAAACCUUAUAUCUGAAAAAGUUACAAACACUAAAGAAAACGCCGACCGUUCUCACCAAAGAGGGAAAAACUUACAGUGUGGAAUUACAAAAAUCUAUUAAAUCCGUGGAUUGGUUGAAUGAUUUAUCUCCUUACAUUGAGUUGGAGAAAAAGGCUCGAGCGGAUUUCGCAAAUCCCAGUAAGAAAUGGCGCGAGGGCACAACGAAAACCUCGUUUACUUAUCUCCUGUUGGACCCAAGACUUACUGACAAUUUACCACUUAAAGCUAAUAAACAAAAUUCUCAUGAACUAUGGGGAACUUUUGUCAAUUCCAUAUUUUAUGUUGGAAAAGGUAAACGUUCAAGACCGUACUCACAUUUAUAUCAAGCACUUACAUUAUGGAAGAGAGAUUUUAAAACCUCCAAUGACAAAAAGGUUCAGCAGAUUUUAGACAUUUGGUCGGACAAAGUUGGUGUUAUUUGUCUUCAUAUAUUCCAAAAUGUGAUUCCCGCUGAGGCGUUUACUUACGAAGCUGCUAUGAUCGAUGUACUAGGGUUGCAGAACUUGAAGAAUGUAAAGAGUGGGAAUUACUACGGAGUUACAGCUUCCUGGCCUCUUAAAGAACGAAAGAUGCUCGGUCUUUACCUCUUAUACAAGGCUAUGCAAAUAUUCCUCACCGAGGGAGAGAGGCAAUUGAGACCGGACGAUAUAGACUGACUCUAUAUUUAUUUUAAAUAUAUUUUAUAUAAUAAAGAUACAGUAUUAUUUUGUUUAGGUAUUCUAUGAACUUGCCGUAAUUGUGUUUUAUUUGAUACUAAUGAUUAUUUGGUAUGUUUUCUUUUCAUAUUUCGAGUUUAAUUUGGAAGCAUUUCUGUAUAUACAGCCAAAGAUAUUGUGUCCUUUUAUUAAAACCUUGCACUGAAUUUUACCAAUAUUUGUAUUUUUAACUUAGUUUUCGUCUUUUGACUUUAACAUUAAGCUUUAACUUUAUUUAUAAACUGUCUCCAGUAAUUUUAAGUUACCAUAAAACAAAUGAAUUUUAACAUUA